AUGGCUCAACAAUUUCUCUCGGCCGAAGGACCGCGCAAAAUCGGAACAAUCGUCACGAUCGUUGGCUCUGCCCUCGCCAACUUAUCCGAUGGCUAUCAGCAGAACCUCGCAUCUUCGACCAACGUCGUCUUCAAGCACCUCCUUGGCAAAGCAUAUACCUCUGAGAUUCAGACACGGAUCUCAAAUGCUCUCCUAGUUGGCUCCGUGAUCGGCAUCCUGGCCUUUGGUUAUGUGGCCGAUCGAUUCAAUCGCAAAAGCGGCAUGCUCGUCACCAGUGGUCUCGUCAUCAUUGGCUCGCUCAUGUCGACUCUGGCCUUUCAAGUACAUGGCAUGCAGGACAUGCUCUGGUACUUGACAGUCGCUCGAGGAACAGCUGGUGUUGGCGUGGGAGGCGAGUACCCAACCAGUUCUGCUGCAGCAUUGGAAGGCUCCAACGAACACUUCGACUCCCAGCGCGGGCCGAUCCAAGUCCUCAUCUCAACAGUCAUGGCUACAUCAGGCAGUGCACUGUGCACAUUCGUCUAUCUAAUGGCUUUGAUUGGUAGUGGGGAGAACCUGAAAGUCGCAUACCAUGCUAUCUAUGCAAUUUCGACGAUUCUCCCCCUUCUUGUCGUACUGGCUAGGUGGCGAAUGCAGAACGGGAAGCUGUUCAACCAGAGUAACUUCCAGAAGAGGAAAAUUCCGUGGACACUAAUUGUUAGGAAGUACUGGCUCAGGAUGCUGGGGACUUCGACGGUGUUCUUUUUGUAUGACUUUGUGAACUUUCCCAACUCCAUCAUGAGCUCCGUCAUCAUCAACGGCCUUGUACCAGGAAGCGACGUCCGCCAGGUGGCUCUAUGGCAACUCUACUUAGGAUUGAUGCCCAUCCCCGGUGCCCUCGCCGGCGCGUGGCUCGUCAACAAGAUCGGACGUCGUUGGACUGGCAUCACCGGCUUCCUACUCGGAUAUGUCGUCUGCGGCUUCAUCAUCGGCGGCCUCUACCACAAACUCACAACCGAAGCCUUGCCAGCCUUCGUCGUGCUAUACGGCCUCCUACAAGCUUUCGGACACAUGGGCCCCGGGGCAACGAUUGGCCUGAUCUCAUGCGAGUCGUUCCCCACGGCGGCCAGGGGAAUGGGAUAUGGCGUUGCCGCUGGGUUUGGAAAGGCGGGUGCUGCUGUUGGCACGCAGGUGUUUACCCAGAUCCGGGCGGCUGCUGGCCCGGCGUCGACGUUCUGGGUUGCUGGCGGGAUUGGAAUCUUCACGUCUGGGGUUUAUUACUUCUUGCCGGAGGGAAGUCAGCUUGAGCUUGAGAAGGCUGAUGAGGAGUUUGAGAGGCUGUUGCUUAGUGAGAAGAUAUAUUGA